AUGACGAGGAAACCUUGUGCCGUCUGUGGCGAUUUCUCUUCGGGACGUCAUUUCGGAGUCCACGCUUGCGAGGGCUGCAAGGUACCGUAGGAUUUAGUUAGGUUACUGUAGAGAUUUUCAAAAAAAUCUGAGAAAAAUCACUCAAAAUCCGAUUUUUCAGUGCUAAGACUACCAUGUACUUUCGAGUGAUCCCUUAAGAGGUCUCAAAACCACUUUAGGGACUACUCGAAGAGCCAGGACCUCUCAGAAAAAUAUUUAUAACUAAAUUUAGGUUAUUUGACUUAAGAUUCAAGAAAAGUGACCUAAACAGUUUUUUAAUGUUCUAUUUUAGUCCAGGAAGAUUUUUUUGGACCACUUUUGAGGGCUCAGAGCCACUUUUAGGGAUCACUUGAAGGGCCAGAACUCUGUAAAUUUAUUUUAUUGAUUUUUUUCAAAGAUGUCACAUAAAAUCCCACAAUUUUUAUUGAUUAAAGUCUGAACUACCAGGGAUUUUUCCGUCGUUGUAUCGCGACGAAAAAAGAAAUGGUUUGUCCCGGUUCGAAGGAUUGCGAAGUUUACUUGUGAGUAGAGCAAAAUUUUAAAAAAUCGCGCUAAAAAUCGACUUUUGAAGGCUUCAAAGAACGAAUUGUCAAUCUUGCCGCUAUCAGAAAUGCCUGGACGUCGGCAUGGCCUUGCAACCGCCCGAGCAAACUCGGAAAGGCAAGAGAAAGGCCGAAAAAGUAUCCUUCUAGUCAAAUUCCGAUAAAAAAGAUUUUUCAAGGUUGAACCGAAAAAUCUACCAUUGAAGAAGAAACCAACGGAGGAAAAGGAAAUAAUCCCCUCGCCUCCAAUUAUUUAUUGUCCCCAGGAGCCGAUCGUCGAUUUAGUCGCCGAGGGUGAGAAGAAAUAGCCGCGAAAAUUUGGGGGGAAGAAUGUGCGCUCCAUGGAGAAAAAGCAAGGAAGUUAUUCUAGAUGCGAAAAAAAACUAAAAUUUGCGAGUCUUUUACGCUCUAUGGAGAAAAAAGGCGUGAUUCAUUGAAAAAAAAAACUAGCCGUGAUUAGCUCCAAAAAUGGCCGGGGCCCGGAAAAUUUAGGGACUCCAGAGUGGUCCCUAGAGGGACUCUUGAAGGUUUUCCUUGAGGGACCACCUUAUAAGGGGCACGGAAGCUUGAAAAAGUGGUCGUUCUAGGGGAGUGGUCCAAAAAUGGGAUUGGUGCGAUGGAGCGCACUUGUCGUGUUAUAAAAUCAAUUAAUCGAUCAUUUUUUAUCAAAUACGAUUUUUGAACUCCCAAAUCAUAUAGUCGAUGUGCCGCGACUUGAAAUUUCAUGGAACGACACUCCGUUGGGUGGCCGUGGCCGUGAAAGCGCCUUGCCUUUGCGAAUUUCGGUCGCGCUUUCCAUUUUUUUGUUUUAUUCGAAAUUUUUCAUUAUUUUAAUUAUGUCUUAAUAGUUUUCUUCGCGCCAAAACUCAUAAUUAUCUUUUUCUAGAGGAUAGACUGUUUCAUUGAUAAAAAAAUAAAGUAGAGUAAUUUUUCGAAUUUUAAGCGAAAAAAAUGCGUUUAUAAUAUUUGAAAGUUUUUUUCAUGAGAUGGUCUUUGGUUUUUGUUCAAUAUAUUUCGUUAUUUUACCUUCAUUGAGCCUUUAUCGACAUUUCUUUUUUUCAUUUCAAAUCAUGUAAAAAAAUAUCCCAAUCAGAAAUAAAAUACACAGUGAAUGAUUUUAAAAAAAUUGAAUGUUUCUACAUUGACGAAUUUUUAUUAAAAAAAAAACAGAUACAUAAGUUCAAAGGAAAAAUUAUUAGUUUGCUGGACGUUUCGUUCAGCACAUCGUUUCCACUAUUCCAUGUGCCCACUGUUCACGCCCCAUUUCUGACGCAUAGUUCAGCAAUACGAUUUAUCUAAAGCUCCAUUUAAAAAAAAGGAACGAAAACCUUUCUUCAAAUUAUGGUGCAUGUGCUCAUGGAAGUACACAUCUUCAUUUUAUAAGGCGCUCACUUUCUGAAAAAAAACAAUUAACGACAGAAAAAAAAACGAUGAAAAAACGACAGAAGAAAAAACGAUGAAAACAUUAAAACAUGGCUUUAAAAAAAACACAGAAACUAUUGUAGAAUAUUGUGGCGUUUACGGCCUAUUUCACCCGCAAAUCCUUUUGGUAAGUCUUUGAAAACUUUUUUUGAGAAACGAGAAAAACAAUAUCAAAGCGAUUGAAGAAUACAUGAAGUUUUUCAAACUUUUUUUUAAUCGCUUUUUUCGAGAAAGAUCAUGAAAUUUACUGUGUUCUUUCUUUUACAUUUGUACAACGCAAUCCUUUUCAACGAUAAAAAUUACAUUUUAAAGAAAUAAAAACAAUAAAAAAAACGAUCGAAAUUAGAAUGAAAACCAAAAAAAAAAUUAGCGUGGCCGAAGUUGGCAAAUUCGCCAGAUGCGCGCUACCGCACAAAAUCGAAACAGCGGAGUGCCGUUCCAUGUAAUUUCAACUUGUGGCACAUCGACUAUAACAAAAAGUUGAAAUACCACUCUAGGGGCCACUCAAGCUUUAUGGACUUUAGAGUUGGUCCCUGAACCCCUAUAGGAACUACUUUGUUUCCUGUAGAAGGUGUUGAUUUCCCUAAUCACUACAGGGACCACUCUGGCCCUGCAAAAGCUCAAAAAGAACGUAUAUGAAAGAAAAUGUCAGGAAAAGCAUUGAAGUUUUUUUCUCCAUGGAGCGCAAAAGAUUUUCUUUCAGUGGCUAUUUUUUCACAACGCUUUUUUUGUUCAGAAUGUCAAGAAACCCUGUUCCGUGAGAUCUCCUCCGCCAUAGCCAGUUUCAAUGAGAUUUUCAUCAGUUUCCGUCCUCAAUUACCUCCCUAUGAUCCCUCAAGGGAGUUCCUAUGUGUGCGUUGGAGCGAAUUUGACGAAAUAGAAAGAAAAAUCAUGUUUAGAACGAAGCGAAAGCCUGGCUCUCCUACAUUGAUCUCUACACGCAGGGCGUUCAAGAAGUCGUCCGUUUCUACAAAACUUUGAGGCCUUUUUGUGAGCUCAAAAGGGAUUUGAAGAUCAAAAGCUUGAAAGGUAUUUUGGGAGAAAACGGGUCUUUUUUGGUAGUCUUUAUUGAGAUAUCACGGCGUUUUUGUUAGUAGGGGAACCAAAAAAACAAUGGGCGGAGCCAAAAUAUCCACCGUUCCCACGUGACGUCAUGGGAACGGCAGGCAUAUUAAAGGCGCAGGCCGCCGUAUCGCCAGAGGUCUUUAAAACGAAUCGAAAUUCCUCUACAUAAACGCAAUUUUCUGCGCGGAAGCGGCGCGGUGCAUGCACACGACACACGACACUUUACGGAGAAAAAACGCCGUGAUAUGAUUUUUGUGGAAAUCCGUGCUUGAUAUUUUUUUCAAUAAUGGUUCUAAAAAUAAUUUCAAUGGUUUUUUUCAAAUCUUAGUUUUUUUUGAAAAAAUUUUUUUAUUGUAGGAAGAGUGAAAGCGUUGAAAUUUUAACAAAAAAAGUCUUAAAAUUUUUUUAAUUUUCAUAAUUUUUUUCAGUUGGUUUUUGUUAUUCCUUGACUAUUACCAAUUAAAAAAAUAAUUUCAACGAUUUGAAGAUUUUUUUAUUUGAUUUGAAAAAGCAACUAACUUGAUUUUUACCACGGCCUUUGGGACGUUUUUUCUUGCGAAAUUUAAAGGAGCAUGGGCAAUUUAUUUUUUGCGCAGGUCUUGAGACGAAUAGCUGUUUUUAGUGUUAUUAGACAUUGGUUACGCAAACCAGACGAUCCCCGGACGAUUCUGAGCGUUUCUAGGGAUCACUUAAGUGCUCUCGCCACUAAAGCGGUCCCUUGAAGCUCUCAGAAGGGUCCGGGGCGCGUUUUUCACAAAAAAAAGGUCUAAGCAGAUUGACUGUAUUUUCCCUUAAGUGAUCAUUUUCUCAGACUCGUCUUUCCAAGUGCUCCUUCUAGUGGCGUCGAUUCGGCACGACUCGAUCGCCACGUUAAUCGCCGCCAAUUCGAACGUCUUUGACGUCUCCCUACUCAGCAACCUGAAUGAAAACGUUUGUACUUCAUUCGAAAAUGUCUGACGUCUCUGCGCUCUCUUCUCUCUAACUGAUGAGGUCAGAGAAAAAUCAUGACUAGGAUGAAAAAUUCCAACCGUCUUAUUUUCUGCGACCCUCUCGUUUUUGAGUGUGUAUGACCUAUGUGAUGAGAGAGAGAGAGAAGAGAGCGCAGACAGGCUAGACAUUUUUGUGGCGAAGAGGAUUUGCUUCCCAAGGUUUCAUCCUGUCCAUUGAAUACCAAAUAUUCAGAGGACGCUGACCCACGCCCUAAACAGAGUACUGGCCAUGGCCUCGACCCAUCAGUGGGCCUCAAGAAACCUCCCCCUGCACGUCAUCUUCGAAGCCGUCGGCCGCUUCAGCAUCUCCUGGAGCAACAAGGUGCAGAAGAUGACGACGGUCAGCGUCCACGACGUCCUGGAGCUCCGGAAGGCCCUCCAAGACGCCGUCGAUGCUCAUCGCAUCGCCCUUGAUGACGUCAUCCGUCGCGGCGUCCUGGACAUCACCGCCAUCCCCAACCUUUUCCUUCAGUUGUUUCUUGGCGGAUAG